CGCCCGGUUCAUUUUGCUCUCCAUUGACACUUUCUUCAGGUGGGAAAGAGUGCUCUUAACCAGCCGGAAAUUCUGCCUGAGGCUCCUCCAGCCUCGACUUGCACAUCCCCAGACCCUGCUGCCCAGGUUACUCUGACAGACCUGACUGCUGAAGACAUCCUCAACAGCAAUGUCUCCCCGAUGCUGAGAGGCAGUCUGCUGUCCCUUAACUCCGUGUCAACCCCCAGCCGCUCCUCAGCACGGCAAGCGCUGGGGGUGACAAUUGUGAGGCAGCCCGGAAGAAGAGGGCCUGCUGACCAGGUGCUGGAACCGCUGCUGUAUCUGCAGGUGAUCCAACCUUCGGCUCUUCUUAGCUGCCACCACCGCAAGCAGAGAAUGGAGAUCUCUGUGUUUGAUGUGGCCUUAAGAGGCGUGGCUUCCGACUACAAGUGCCUAGACCAAGGGAAGACUUUGCCCGAGUCUCUGGAUUACAAUGUUUGCUGGCUCCAGACAGCAGCGGGUGAGGUGGACAGUGAGACCGGCAUCCCCCCGCCACUGCUGUGCCUUCAGAUUAAAGACUUUCUCAAUGGACCCGGUAGGAGGAAUUCACUUUUGAUCAAGACCUUUUGUU